AUGGCUGGGCCCAGGAGCCACACUGCCCCCAUGCUGUUCCCGGUCCUCCUGGUGCUCCUGGAGCUGAGCCUGGCGGGCUCCUUGGCACCUGGAACCCCUGCUCGGAACCUCCCUGAGAAUCACAUCGACCUCCCAGGCUCAGCGCUGUGGACGCCUCAGUCCAGCCACCACCGCCGGGGCCUGGUCAAGAAGGAGCGGGGCCCAGGCAUGCCCAGCUGGGCCCAGGAUGAGGCUGUGGUCACUGCCACCAAGCAGGCCUCCAGGCUGCCAGGGGCUGGAGGGCUGCUGCCUGGGCAGAGUCCUGCAGGCCUGCUGCUGCACAAGGACCUGCUUCUGGGGCUGGCACUGCCCUACCCCGAGAAAGAGAACCAGUCUCCAGGGUGGGAGAGGGCGAAGAAACGCAGCAGGGAGCACAAGAGACGCAGGGACAGGCUAAAACUGCACCGAGGCCGAGCCUUUGUCCGAGGUCCCAGCUCCCUGAUGAAGAAGACAGAACCAUCUGAAGACCAGGCGCUGGAUGCUGCAAUGGAGGAAUCCUCCACCAGCCUGGCCCCUACCAUGCUCUUCCUAACCACCUUUGAAGCUGCACCUGCCACAGAAGAAUCCCUAAUCCUGCCUGUCACCUCCCUACAAUCCCAGCCCAGACCUGACGGGGAGGUGAUGCCCACGCUGGAUAUGGCCUUGUUCGACUGGACCGAUUAUGAGGACUUAAAACCUGAAGUCUGGCCCUCUGCAAAGAAGAAAGAGAAACACCGGGGUAAACUCUCCAGUGAUGGUAAUGAAACAUCCCCAGCUGAAGGGGAGCCGUGUGACCAUCACCAAGACUGCAUGCCAGGGACCUGCUGCGACCUGCGGGAGCAUCUGUGCACGCCCCACAAUCGUGGCCUCAACAACAAGUGCUUCGAUGACUGCAUGUGUGUGGAAGGACUGCGCUGCUACGCCAAAUUCCACCGGAACCGCAGAGUCACGCGGAGGAAGGGGCGCUGCGUGGAGCCCGAGACGGCCAACGGCGACCAGGGAUCCUUCAUCAACGUCUAG